AUGUACCAUGACUUAUACAGAGGGCUGAACUUAAAGCCUGAGAAUCUAACAGCUUAUGAUUCACCUUUGGUGAGUUUUGAUAGGAAGGUUAUCAUCCCUAGGGGUUUAAUUAGAUUGCCCGUACAGGCAGGUUCAGAAGUGGUUGAAAUGGACUUCAUUAUGGUAGAUGCAUACUCUCCGUACACGGCCAUUGUGGCCAGAUCCUGGCUUCAUGACCUGGGGCUUGUCUCUUUUACUCUACAUUUGAAGGUGAAGUACCCAUCAAGGGACCGGAUUGAGGAGCUUGUAGGGAGUCAGUCCAUGGCUAGGCAAUGCCUCGUGGCUACAAUUAUGCAUCAGCUGGCAGCUGAGUCCUCGACCUCUGCUGAAGGGGGCUUAUAG